AUGAACCGGGAGAAUCCACCGCCACAAACGGUCCGGAAAAGGGCAGACAUCCUGGUGGACAUCGCCGAACUGUACUGGAGGAGCACGCCCGCGCUGGGAGCGAAGUACCAUCGAGUCUGUGCUAGUCCUCCUGGGACCUUGGUCUAUUACACCUCGGACUCUCUGUGGGAGCGGUGCUGGCGCUUGGGGCCUGGGUGUGGGCCAGAGGUCCCGACCUACCGCUGGGGCUGUUUCAGUUUGUUUGAUUUCCUUCACUGCAUCAGCAUAUGA